CUUUUCCUACUUUCAUAACCAUGGCGGAUUUUUCUGCUAUUGUCAUCGACAAUGGGACAAUGAAUACCAAGGCCGGGUUUGCUGGUGAAGAGUGCCCGCGCGCUAUUUUCCCUGAUUUUGGAGCCAACACUUUUGCCAAUGGGCUUCAAGUUUCUCCAGAAGAGCACCCAGUUUUCCUGACCGAUUGCCCGCUUAACUCGAGCGAUAACCGACAGAAAGCCACGCAGAUUAUGUUUGAAACUUUCAAAGUGCCAGCGAAUUCUAUUUUUCGCAACGGUGUCUUGGCUUUAUUCGCGUCCGGCCAUCAGAUAACGGGAUACCUGAUGAACGCAUUCGGAAAUUCUUUCAGUUCUGAUAUAUGCGGGGACAUCAAAGAGAAAAAGUGUUUUGUUGCGCUUGAUGCCGAGAACGAGUUGCAGUGUAUUAGGAAGCAUAUAUAUGAGCUUCGUGAUGGGCGGAUCAUUGAGAUCGGUGCCGAGGCCUUCCAGGCACCUGAAAUCCUGUUCGAACCUAUUACGGUUGGUAUUGAAAGUGUAGGCAUUCAUCAACAGACAGACGAAUCAAUCCUCAGAAGCGAGAUUAGCAUUCGGAGGGAUUUGUCUGCAAGUAUUGUUCUGUCUGGAGGCACUUCAAUCUUGCCCGGUAUGGCGGACCAAUUACUCCUGGAUCUGGUCGCUCUCUCCCCACCACACAAGGUGAAAGUUAGAGCGCCUCCUGAUCGCAAGGACUAAAACCAAGAUCUUUGGAUACCGAAGGAGGAAUAUGAUGAAACGGG